UGUAAAAAGAGAACUGAGCGACGAUAAACAUUUUUUAUAAAUACUUUUAUUUUUUUCUGCUUGGAAUUUCGUUGAUUUUCUACAAAUAAUUUAAUUGAAAAACUAUGGAGGAAGGCAAAGGGGAUACCUCAUGCCCGCGCAUGUACGGAAAUUUAUUUAAAUAUCAUUGGCGUGGCAUAAUCAUGUUCUUAGCGCCCGUGAUGCUGCUGCCUUUGAUGGUACCAAAUUACGAAAAGCCUCUUCGUUGUCUCUACGUUUUUUUACUUUUGUCCAUCUAUUGGUUAACUGGCGUGGUACCAUUAUAUGCGACUGGUAUUUUACCGAUUGUUCUGAUGCCAUUUAUGGGUAUAUUGGACUCAGACGAAAUUUGCAAGCAAUAUUUUACUGUACCGUUAGCGAUGUAUAUCGGCGGUGUUAUGGUGGGUCUAAGCUCGAAAAGCAGUAAUUUAGCUGGCCAAAUUGCUCUUGGUUUACUAAGCUUCAUUGGCGUUAGUCCCAGACGCGUCGUUCUUGCACUCAUAUUGACUACAGGAUUCAUAUCGAUGUGGAUGCAAAAUACGAUUACCACAGCAAUCAUGUUGCCCAUAGCAAAAGCCAUACUUGAAGAAUUCGAAGUGAAUGGUCUUCGAACGAGGGAGGAUAAAAAGCCGAAUCAAGAGGAAGAAGAUAGAGGGGCUACACAUCUUGCCACUGGUUAUUACUUGGCCAUUGCUUAUGCUGCGACGAUCGGUGGUUGUGCAACAUUGCUGGGUAGCGCAACUAAUUUCGCCACAAAGGGCAUGUAUGAGAAUUUAUUCCCAAAUACCACGGAUUACAUACACUUCCCGAAGGCCAUGGCCUACAAUAUACCAUGGGUGAUAGUGGCUUUAUUUCUCUUGUACUUCUCACUUUCAAUAACACAUUUUGGACUAUUCCGUCCGAAGGGUGAAACCGCUGCUGCACUCUCGGGUUUCGCCAAAAGUUCGAAGGAUGUUGCCGAAGUGGUUAAAGUCAAGCUCGAGAAUAUCGGUGGAAUGAAUAUUCAUAAAACUCAAGUUCUAAUCUUAUGUGUGGUACUAGUGAUGGCGCUUACCUUUCGAUCGCCUGAAUUUAUGCAGGGUUGGGGAGAUGCCCUGAAUAAAUAUAACUUUAUACUCGGCGCCACUCCAGUGAUUGCGAUUGUUCUUUUGCUCUUUUAUUUACCGGCAAAUUAUAAUUAUUUGAAAUAUUGUGGCGGUAAAGGUCCCUUUCCCAAUAAUCCCACACCACCAUUGCUCUCAUGGAAAUAUGUAAAUAAUAAUUUCCCUUGGGGCAUCAUUUUCAUAAUGGGCUCCGGUUUCGGAAUAACAAAAGCUUACAUGGAUACUGGAUUGUCUCAUUGGCUCUCGGGUAAACUGUCAUAUCUCGAAGGAAUACCAGUACCGGUUUUACAGUUAUUUGCCAUUUUUAUUGGUGUUUUCUUCACAAUGUUCACCAUGAAUGUAGCCGCGGCCAAUGUUGCUAUUCCAAUAGUUGCAGAAAUGGCACGCAAUGCCAAAACUCAUCCAAUAAAUUUGAUAUACCCAGCGGGCUUGGCAUGUAGCAUUUCAUUUCUUUUUCCGAUCAGUACACCUCCGAAUGCGCUCGUUGCCAAAGAGGCCAAAAUCGGUACCAAUAAAAUGUUCCUUGCUGGCCUGAUGCCGACAUUUGUGACCAUGGCACUAAUCUUUGUAAAUUCAGUGUCAGUGCAUUACCUUCUAUACCCGGACGCUAAGGAGUUUCCCGAUUGGGCUACAUUGCCGGAGAAGUAAGAACAGGUUAAAUUGGUUCUUAUUAAAAGCAGAGCUGAAA